UAUGAUUUUGUUCGAAGAAAAAUUGUUUGUCGGAUAUUGUAUUUUGCAAUCAAAAAAUUACGAUUUAUUAAGAGGAAAUCUUAAACGGGAAGAAUUUUCAAGAAAGUUGUAAAAGCGGUUAAAUUUUUUACAUUACAACAGAAAUGUCUUUAGUAAAUAAAAUUAUUUCUACACUACGUUUUCUCUGCGUCUGUCUUUAUGAAGUUGGUCUGUUUUUAUUGCUGCCUAUUUUGCGGUGCUAUUGCUAUGUGAAGGUACUGGAGUUUUGGAAGGUAUAUGAGCCUGCGGCUACUUGCAUCACUGAGAAGGUUUUACUUGUUUUCAGCUAUUUUCUGUCGAUGAUGGUUUGUAGAUCAGUUUCUUUUCUCUGGAUACAUCAUAUAAGGAGAGUCGAUUUCGGAAAGAAUAUAGUGAAAGAAUUUUUUAUUCUCAAAUCAGCUUUCUGCAAAAACGCAUUGAAUAAUCAGCAGGUGCAGAAGGAGAACGCAUCCAGUGAUCAGUUGAACAAUACUGCUGAGAAUACUACUCAAAUGGCUUCGGAGCAUAAAUCAAGUGAUGAAUCGAAGUGUACUACCCAAGACCAGGGUUCAAAACGUGGUUGUGAUUCCACUUCCAAUACUUCGAAACAUUCUAGUGAUGCUAAAGGUGUUUCUAUACGCACCGACUCCGAAUCUUCAAGUGAUUUCGGACUUUAUAGUUUGAUGUUUCCCAUUGAGAAGGUAUCUGAUAAUGACUCCAGUGACUACAACUUGUGUGAUUCUCGCCACGCUAAUUUGAAUGCAGAAAGCUCAUGCUUUGCUGAUGUACUCUACCCAUCUUCAGAUGAUCAGUUCCAACUUACUAACUUCAACAAUUUUGCAUUGGCCGAUGAAAAUGAGGUUGUAGAUUAUGUUAAUAUUCCUAGGGUAGAUGACUUUUUGCUUGCUUUGUUCUCUAGGGAAAAAUUUUACAAUGAUAGAUGGAGUCGUAUUAAAUUAGAGCAAUAUUUUCACCUUUUAUUGCAGCCUGCCGAUAUUAAUUUAGUUUGUUUUAGUACAGUUUCGGAUGAUAACUCUGAUAUGGGCGCCGAAAAAGAGCCGGACUUCUUUGGGUACCGUGGAAACGCAUACUUGAUUAUAGCUCCUGAAAUUUCUGGAAAUGUGCCUUAUAAGCAUUAUUUUGAUGUUUUGGGUAUUUCUAGGCAGUCCCUUUUGGACCCCCAAACUAGAACUUCAUCUUAUACUAAUUAUGGGCACAGUUUAGAUGCUUCAGAGAAGACUGAUCAUAAUGAUUUAAAAGUUGAGUCAUCUUUUGAAUAUUUUGGUGAUCCUCCAGAACAAGUCUUUCAGUCGUUUAAAAGACGUGGAUCUACUAAUUUUGUACCGAAAUAUGUAAAGGCUAGCGAUAGGUAUCAUGUCAACCGAGACUAUAACUCUGAUUCUGCUUAUGGUGGCGGAUUUACUCAUUUCAGUGGUGCAUCUGGUCUUAAUAAAUUCUCUAUUGCGCAAGAACAUGAUUUUGAUAUUUCUGGUCGCUUAAGUGCCAAUAGUCUGUACUUUAGAGGUGAAGCUUCAGAGAAUUCUCAACAUAAUUACAAUCAAUCUUUGCGGUACUAUUCCAGUUUUCCAAAUUUGGUUACAGGAAUUGAAUCUGGUGAUGAUAAUCCUGCGGAUAACAACAACUAUGCAAACUCAACGGAUGUACGAUCUUUAUAUGAUAACUCGCAAGAUUUUAAUGAGCCUACCCAUUUGACUGAUGAUAACGAUGAGUCCCAAGACGGAAUUAUAUAA